GCUAAAACCCAAAAAUAAGGUUUAAGGAGGGUUUAAGGCGGCUACUACUACAAUCCUCUCAUUUUCUAUAUGAAUCCAUUCCAUUCAUUAAAUUCCUUCAUCAAUUCAUUUCCAUUAAUCUAUUUAUCUCUUCAAUUCGUUUAAGUUUUAUAUCAUUGCUUCAGAAAUUUUGAUAUUUGUUUAAUGUCCAGUACCAAACCCUCUUUACUUUCUCCAAAGAAUUUCGAUCUUUUUGUUCACUUUGAUUCAAAACUCUCAGUUUCCUCUCUAAGCUCAUCAAAAUCAUCCACUAUUAUGUGGAGAAACGUAGCCAAACAAACCAUUUCAAGAGCUCAAUCAAAAUCCCUCAGUUCCCAUCCUCUUUCUAGCACUUACAGCUUUCUUGGACUUUCCCAAGAACCAUCUUUUACUGAUAAAUGUAAGUUGAGUCCAUUAUAUGCGUGUAGUUCUCUUGUGGGUUUUUGCCGACUUGGUGAAAUUGUGCCUUACGAGGAUUUUAUGGGCAAACCCGGUUUUGGGUUAGUAGGGAAUAAGGAUAAUAGUAAUAGUUCUCAUAUGUCUAUGUGUAACGGAUAUUUGUGUAGUGGCUUUUAUCCUAGAGGGUAUGUAAGUGUCGCUGAGGCUGUUUCAUCUUCAACUGACGUUGAAGAGGAUGUUUCUGUAGUUGAAGAAGUGCAAGAAUUGUUGCAAGAAAUGAGGAGAGAAGAGGCAAGAGAGAAAGAAUUGAUAAGGAGGAAGGAAAGAGGAAUGGGGUCAAAGAAGUAUCAGAUGUUGAAGAAAAGGCAGGUAAAAAUCGAGACUGAAGCAUGGGAAUGGGCGGUGAAAGAGUAUAAGGAGCUUUUGAUGGAUAUGUGUGAGAAAAAGCUGGCUCCAAAUUUACCUUACAUGAAGUCUUUGUUUCUUGGCUGGUUUGAGCCUUUCCGAGAUGCUAUUCUGAAAGAGCAAGAGUUGAUCAGAGUGGGGAAGAAUAGAACAGCUUUUGCUCCGUAUUUUGAUCAGUUGCCUGCUGAUAUGAUGGCUGUUAUUACAAUGCAUAAGCUGGUGGCGCUGGUAAUGACAGGUGGGGAACAUGGAUGUGCAAGGGUUGUGGCUGCUGCCUGUUUAAUUGGUGCUGCAAUUGAGCAGGAGGUCAGAAUACACAAGUUCCUGGAGAAAACGAAGAAGAGAAACUCUAAUGACAGUAAGAAAAAUGAAGAAGAUGAAUCUAAUGGUGCAGUCAAGGAGCAAGAGAAGCUAAGAAAAAAAGUUACUGAUUUGAUUAAGAAACAAAAGUUGCCUGCAGUGAGGCAGAUAGUGAAGGGGCAUGAUGAUUCACAAUCCUGGACCCAGGAUACCAAGGCUAAGGUUGGGAGUCGUUUAAUUGAGUUGCUGAUACAAACAGCUUAUAUACAGCCUCCUGCUGAUCAGUUAGCUGAUGGUCCACCUGACAUUCGACCCGCAUUUGCACACACAUUCAGAAAUGUGACGCAAGCAGAUAGGAAGACCAGCCGAAGAUAUGGUGUCAUUCAGUGCGACCCACUGAUUCUGAAAGGCAUUGAGAAAAAUGCAAGGCACAUGGUGAUUCCUUAUAUGCCAAUGUUGGUGCCACCGCUGAAGUGGAGGGGUUAUGAUAAGGGAGCACACUUGUUCUUGCCAUCAUAUGUCAUGCGUACGCAUGGCGCUAGACAACAACGUGAGGCGGUUAAGAUCACCCCUAGGGAGCAGCUACAGCCAGUUUUUGAGGCUCUUGAUACAUUGGGAAGUACAAAAUGGAGGAUAAAUAAAAGGAUACUUGGUGUUGUAGAUAGAAUAUGGAACAGCGGAGGUCGUCUUGGGGAUUUGGUGGACAGAAAUGAUGUUCCUUUACCAGAGAAGCCAGAGACGGAAGAUGAAGCAUUGGUGAGGAAAUGGAAGUGGAAACUCAGAGCUGCGAAAAAGGAAAAUAGGGAGAGACACUCACAGCGUUGUGAUACAGAACUUAAACUUGCUGUAGCACGAAAAAUGAAGGAUGAAGAAGGUUUUUAUUAUCCACACAACCUUGACUUUCGAGGGCGUGCAUAUCCCAUGCACCCGUACUUGAACCAUCUUGGUUCAGAUUUGUGUCGAGGCAUUUUGGAAUUUGCCGAGGGACGCCCUCUUGGAAAGUCAGGCUUACGCUGGUUGAAGAUACACCUCGCAAAUCUAUUUGCUGGUGGUGUGGACAAAUUAUCUUAUGAUGGUCGAAUAGCUUUUACAGAGAACCAUUUGGAUGAUAUAUUUGAUUCUGCAGACAGACCACUUGAGGGAAAGCGGUGGUGGUUGAAUGCAGAAGAUCCAUUUCAGUGCUUGGCUGUGUGCAUUGAUCUCACUGAAGCUCUGAGAAGUUCCUCUCCGGAAACAUUUAUUUCACAUGUUCCAAUUCACCAGGAUGGUUCUUGCAAUGGCCUACAACACUAUGCUGCUCUAGGAAGAGACAAGUUGGGAGCAGCUGCUGUUAAUCUGGUUGCUGGAGAGAAGCCUGCGGAUGUCUACUCAGGAAUAGCUGUUAGAGUACUUGAUAUCAUGCGGAAGGAUGCACAGAAAGAUCCUAAAGUUUUCCCUGAUGCUUUACAUGCAAAGAUAUUGAUUAGUCAGGUGGACAGGAAAUUGGUGAAGCAGACAGUAAUGACGUCUGUAUAUGGUGUCACUUACAUUGGUGCAAGAGAUCAAAUUAAGAGAAGGUUGAAAGAGCGUGGUUUCAUUGCAGAUGAUACAGAAAUCUUUGUUGCUUCUUGCUAUGCGGCAAAGGUGACUUUAACUGCCUUAGGAGAGAUGUUUGAAGCUGCACGAAGUAUCAUGAGCUGGCUUGGUGAAUGUGCAAAGAUUAUUGCAUCUGAAAAUGAACCAGUGAGAUGGACAACGCCACUUGGACUUCCUGUUGUACAACCUUAUCGAAACUUCGGAAGGCAUCUUAUAAAAACUUCUCUACAGGUUCUAACACUUCAACAAGAAACUGAAAAGGUCAUGGUCAAGCGACAGAGAACAGCUUUCCCACCAAAUUUUGUUCACUCCCUUGAUGGCUCUCAUAUGAUGAUGACUGCAGUCACCUGCAAAAGGGCUGGCUUGAACUUUGCAGGUGUUCAUGAUUCAUAUUGGACGCAUGCGUGUGAUGUGGAUAAAAUGAACAGGAUACUUAGGGAAAAGUUCGUUGAGCUUUACGAAACACCAGUACUGGAGAAUUUGUUGGAGAGCUUUCAGCAAUCUUUUCCCACAUUGUCUUUUCCGCCUCUACCCGAACGAGGAGAUUUUGAUCUACAGGAUGUGCUGAAAUCGCCAUAUUUCUUCAACUGACUCAACCAGAGAGCUUAUUUUCAUUUUUCACUAGCUUGACUCCAUUUUGGUGGGUGGCAGCCUGUCUAUUUUGUGACAUUGAGGAAGGUCUACAAACUGACAAGAACUUCAUGGUAGAGCUAGCUAAACUACCUUCAUACAUCUAUAAAGACGUCCUCAAAUAUAGGGAGUUCUCCAGUGGGCAUAACCAAUAUGACCAUUGUCAUCUGAUUCGAGGCCUUGAAUGGCAUUGUACAGCAACCAUGAGUUUUAAUUCUGGAGUUCUAUGUUCUUGAUCCUGUCCAAGUCUUCUCAGCAAUUUCAUUUUCAAUGAUGUAUGGAUGAGGGGUGCUGAAAUAGUGCAGCAUGUCACUGCUUGUUGGCAGUCUAUUCCAGGAUUCAUGUGGAAGAUGAUGAUGCAUCAAGAUUCUUUCCAAUAUGCAUCUAUAAUACGAGGAAAUGGUCAGAGAUACGACAGAAGUCCUGCGGAUGUAAAUUGCAGCACCACAAUUUGCUGCAUUUCAUAUUGCUUCUAUAUUUUAUGGAGAUUUGUCAUGAUCCUUUGCAGAUUCAGUAUAUUUUUCCUGAUAAAUGUAAAGAUGAGUAAAAUAGCUGUAAAGCAAACCUCUGUAACAAACUAUAUGGCUUUCCAUAUGUACAGGAAUGAAGCAGAGCCAUGAAGUAGAGCACCAGCUGAAAUUACAUAUCUUCAA